AUGUCUUCGCUAACAGUGAGCUUACUGAUCUUUUCCGCUUUAUUCGCUUCCUCUGUGGUGGUUUGUAUGGAUCCACCACUUCCAAAGGUAUAUACCCGUCCGAUUUCACCAGGAAAGACACCUGAAGAGCAUGCAGAAAAGGUGAAAAAAGCUAAAAUUGAAAGGGACCAAAAUUAUAAUAGACUCUGGAAAGGUGCAAACAUACACUGGUCAUACGAGGAAUCAGUAGAAGCAGCAGAAAAAGCCGGUGUAGGACCAGGAAAUACACAUCAUAAAGAAUGGAUCAAGAAGUAUGGAGAACAACAAAGAGCCCAGCAUAACUUCAAAAGACAUAAAAGAAUGUCAAAGAUCUUGAAGGAUCAUUCCGAAGUAAGUAAGGCUUUAUACGAGCGUUCACGAGCUUUGAAACGCAUCCCUAGCCAUAUACAAAGCCAAAUGGAUCAACUAAAGAACAAAGGCAAGCAUGAUCAAAGAUUAAAAGAAGACCAUGACUAUGAAUUUUACGUCAAACGUCGAAAGCGAAAUCAAGAGUCAGAUGUAUUGUCUGGCGUCAUCUUCGCAAAUGAAAUAUUUCUCGAGAAACAUGGACAUCAAUAAUUCACUGUAUGUCUACCGCCCAGCGUGUGGUGGGGCUGUCAUUGACUCUUUGUGCGCAAGUGUACU